GCAGCGCAUUGAGGCGGAACUCGGUGGAUCCUUGGCAGUACUAGGUCUCGCUGUGUCUGGAGUGUGGCCUCAUUGUAUAUAGCACUGGCGGCUUGGCAGCAUGAGCUCAGUACCAAGAGGGACGUAUUGCCCGCAGAUACGUCGAUGGAAAAUGCUGUAACUAUGCCGGUUAUAUAAGGGAUCCGGGCCGGCUUUGCUGUGAUCAGCAUUUACACUCAGUAUGUCGGAAGGGCUGUAUGAGAAGUUCCUGGCCCCGGACGAGCCUUUCCCUUUGCUGUCCCAGCGGGGCAGUGCGAGUGAGGAGGGCUGCUUGGAUGUCAGUGAUUUUGGCUGCCAACUCUCCUCCUGCCACCGGACUGACCCCCUGCACCGCUUCCACUCCAACAGGUGGAAUCUAACAUCAUGUGGGACAAGUGUUGCAAGCUCUGAAUGCAGUGAGGAAUUAUUUUCCUCUGUCUCAGUUGGAGACCAAGAUGACUGCUAUUCCCUUCUGGAUGACCAAGACUUCACAUCGUUUGACUUGUUUCCAGAAGGCAGUGUGUGCAGUGAUGUUUCUUCCUCAAUUAGUACUUAUUGGGACUGGUCUGACAGCGAAUUUGAGUGGCAGUUGCCAGGCAGUGAUAUUGCAAGUGGGAGUGAUGUGCUGUCAGAUAUCAUUCCCAGCAUACCUAGCUCCCCAUGCCUCCCAUCCAGAAAGAAGAAUAAGCACCGGAAUCUGGAUGAGCUUCCAUGGAGUGCAAUGACGAACGACGAACAGGUUGAAUAUAUUGAAUAUCUCAGUCGUAAGGUCAGCACAGAGAUGGGACUUCGUGAGCAACUUGACAUCAUUAAGAUUAUUGAUCCCACUGCGCAGAUUUCUCCUACUGACAGUGAAUUUAUCAUUGAACUGAACUGUCUCACUGAUGAAAAACUGAAACAGGUCAGGAGCUAUAUCAAAGAGCACAGUCCUCGGCAACGCUCUACACGAGAAAGCUGGAAAAGAACCAGCUACAGCACAGCAAGCACUAGUGGAGUGAGUGGAGCCAGUGUGAGCAGCAGCAGUGCAAGUAUGGUCAGUACAGCCAGCAGCACCGGGUCUAGUGGUGGUAAUUCUGCUUCAAACUCCAGUGCCAAUAUGAGCCGAACACACAGCGAUAGCAAUUUGUCUGCAAGUGCAGCAGAGAGAAUUCGAGACUCAAAGAAACGAUCUAAACAGCGGAAGCUGCAGCAGAAAGCCCUGCGCAAGAGACAGCUGAAAGAACAGAGGCAAGCCAGAAAGGAAAGACUUAGUGGCUUAUUCCUUAAUGAGGAAGUGCUCUCAGUGAAAGUGAACGAAGAAGACCAUGAAGGAGAUGUUGAUGUGCUUAUGUGACGAGGGUGAAACCAACAGUGUUCUUCCUAAGUCUUAUUAGGGCAGAAUGCCAGAGUGAAAUCUUGAUCAGCCUUUGAAUAUUACAAGCAGCAAUCUCGGCAGUGCCCCUUCUGGCCUAAGGGGUUGUGCAGUACCAGGUUGACGCUUCUGUCCCAGAAGGCUAGUCCAGUAAUAACCUGAGCCCUUAAUGGUGCUUAAAUGCCUUGGUGUGGUGUAAAGCUUUCUCCUUAGCAGAUAUAUUUGUAAUCCCUUUGGGAUUAUACAGGAAUAUAUAUUAAAUGUUUAAAAGAAAAUUUGGCAAAUAAUAUUUGCCUGAUGUCCUGGAAGAAGAGGUGAAUAUAGUUUGGGAUUUUUUAUUUUGUUACUUUUGUUCAUGUUUUCCAUGUGCCACCUAGAAAAUUCAAGCCACAAAACCUGGUAAACUCUUACUAUUUAACUGAACCAUAAUUUAAUCCCCUUUUCUUAAGUCAUAUUUACUAACAUUUGUUCUCCAGUGACAGUGCAGUGGAAGAAUAAGAGCCUUUUACUAUCAAAGCUCGUCUUUUUUUACAGCGAGAAUUAAUGUUGAAGUGAUAAGAUAGAUUUUUAAGAUGGUUGUAUUCCUUACACUUUUUGCAACAAUUUACCAAUGAUAUAGGUCUCCUAUCUUACUUUUUUUGAACUUGUGAAUGGGUGCCUUUCAUAACGAUAUUUAAAAAAUACCCAAAUAAGCAAAAACUCUUAAUCCCAGGUAUAUGACUACUUACUGAUUUAGCAUCACCCUUUAACAACUAUCCUCUGUGCUGUAUAACAUUGUAAAUACACAACACUGUGCUCAGGUUUUAAUGUAAUCUAUGCACUGGAACUAAGGACUUGAUAAAAAAAAAAACAGUGCUGCACUCCAUUACACCAGACAGCCCUUGAUUUCUGAAAAGCUACAUUUACUGCAGUUAUAGUUGAUCAAUAAGGAGUGUUAUUUUAAUGAUACUCAGGAAUAAAUCAGUGGAUCAGGCUUAUGAAGAACACUGUUAAUCUGCUUGUGGCUUGUUAACAGAAGGGGUUUUUGGAAUGGAAAAACCAAGCAAAAUGUUUACUUGGAAUUUUAUACUUGUAUAUAGUAAUAUAACUACAGUUCUGCUUUAUAUAACCUUCUGGUGGUCAGAGAUUCCUGUUGCAUGUUGCAUAACUUAAGUGUAAAAAAUCCUUAUGAAAAAGAAACCCCUGGAAAUUAGACGUGGUUGUGCAAUUCCUAUUGCAGAAACCACUUCAUCUAAUGUAAAACUUGGUGUCUAGGACCCCUAAAGCCGUUGUUUGCUUUUCAUGUAAGCCUGUACUUCAUUGGUUAUCUUGAUAAAUGCUCCAGCCAGUAUCUUGAGCGGCUAAAAGUGAAUUAAAAAAGGGAGGCAAACUGGUACGCAAAGGGAGGCAAAACUGGCCUAACUCGUAUAUCUGUUUCUAGUUAAGGUAUUUUAACAUUACCACUCCUAUCUAAAGGACAGGGUUCCUGCAAAAUUCAAGUUCAGUAAAAAAAAA